GGCAGGCUGUGUUUCCACUGAUGACGUCAGCGGUGGAGUCAGGGCGGAUGGGUCUUCCGGCGGGGCAGGAUUUCUCCGUCCUUUCGAGCUGAGGGACCCGCAGUGUGCCUGGAAUGGCUGCUGUCUGGCAACAAGUCCUGGCAGUCGACGCAAGGUACAACGCGUACCGCACUCCUGCGCACCCGCAGUUCCGCACUCAGUACAUCCGGAGACGCAGCCAACUUCUGCGGGAGAAUGCCAAGGCCGGGUAUGAUCCGCAGCUGCGGCGACAGUACUUGAAGCUUCGCAGCCAACUUCUUGCCCAGCGAUACGGCCCCCUGUCUGAGCAGAGCAGCUUUCGGGCACACAGCAACAGCAUCCGCAGCUCUCGCACUACCCUGGACCGCAUGGAGGAUUUGGAAGAAGAUCCACGGUCCCAGGGGUCACGAGGUCACAGGCGUUCUGUAAGUCGGGGGUCCUACCAACUGCAGGCACAAAUGAACCGCGUAGCGCAAGAGGAAAGGGCUCCUGGCAGCGUGGUGCCCACACCACUGGCAGAAGCCAGCAGGGCGAUGGCCGGCGACACCACACUGAGCGAGAACUACGCGUUCGCCGGAAUGUACCACAUAUUCGAUCAACAUGUGGAUCAAGCUGUCCCCAAGGUACAAUUUGCCAAUGACGACAAGCACCUCCUGGCCUGCUGCUCUCUAGAUGGUACAAUAUCGGUGUGUCAGCUGGUUCCCACGCCCCCCACCGUCCUGCAGACCCUACGAGGGCACAGCGGUCCAGUCAGCGACUUUGCCUGGUCCUUAUCCAACGACAUCAUUGUCUCCACCUCUCUGGAUGGCAGCAUGCGCAUCUGGAACACCCACGAUGGCCUCUGCAUCCGACAGAUUCCAGACCCGGACUUGGCCCAGAUGCUCUGCUGCACUUUCCAGCCCAUCAAUAACAAUCUCACGGUGGUUGGGAACAGCAAACACAACAUCCACGUUGUGAAUAUUUCCACUGGUAAGAAGGUGAAGGGAGGCAGCAGCAAGCUGACGGGCCGAGUGCUCUCCAUGUCCUUCGACUCAGCCGGACGGAUCCUGUGGGCUGGUGACGACCGCGGGAGUAUCUUCUCGUUCCUAUUUGAUAUGGCCACAGGUAAACUGACCAAAGCCAAGCGUCUAGUAGUGUCGGAAGGCAGCGCCAUCAGCAGCAUCUCCGCCCGCUCAUGGAUCAGUCGUGAAGCCCGGGACCCUUCUCUGCUGGUGAACGCCUGUAUUAACAAGCUGCUGCUUUACAGGGUUGUGGACAAUGAGGGGACGCUGCAGUUAAAGCGAACGUUUCCAAUCCAACAGACGGCUCACGCCAUCGGGAGUAUUUUCUGUCCACUCAUGUCCUUCAGGCAAGGAGCAUGUGUCGUGACCGGCAGUGAAGAUAUGUGCGUCUACUUUUUUGAUGUGGAACGAGCCACCAAGGCCAUUGUGAACAAGCUCCAAGGACACAGCGCAGCCGUUCUAGGUGUCAGCUUCAACUGCGAUGAAAGCCUCUUGGCCUCCAGUGAUGCUAAGGGGAUGGUUAUCAUCUGGAGAAGAGAGCAGAAGUGAAUUCACAUCUCCUCCGGCCUCAUCAGCCCUGAAGAACCAUGUGCAAUGUCCGACCCACUUCCAACCGCCCUUUAUUUAUAAGUCCUGUAUGUGUCUUCUGGAAUAAAACACUACCCACCAAGA